CGCAGAGCCGUCACUUCCUCCUGCUCAGGCAAGGGCUCCUGGGGUGCCUCCCACUGCCUUGUUGCUGCUCCGGGUGUCGUUUGCACGUGAACUCUUGCAGCGCCAAGGGAGAUGCUUUGCCCCCACCGGGGAUAUGCAAAAAGAGCAAAAAGGGAAAGUUGCAGAAUUUGUGGGUGAAAACCUGGGGGGAGGGGAGAGGCCCGGCGCGCACGCCUCUGAGCUGGUGGUAAAACAUGGCAGGCGCGCCGUCCGUGUUUUCCAAGCCGUGCCGAAAGUGAAACUUUUGCACGCGCUCAGAAGAUCGGCGGAGGUCGCGUUUUGCAAGAGGUGUCACAUCAGGUGUGGCUCGUCUUCCUGCUGCUGCUGCGCAAAGCCAUUCUGAGUCCAGAGCAGCCUUUCUCAGCAUUGCGUCCGCAGAUGGAACAGGCUCCCUCCAAACGUGAUUUUUCAUCAUGAGUGUGGACUGGAUUGGCUUUGGUUAUGCUGUGGUUGUGGCUGCCGGAGGUGCUGUAGGAUAUAUUCGCAAAGGCAGUACAAUCUCCUUGGUGGCUGGCCUGUUCUUUGGCUUGAUGGCUGCUUAUGGCGCAUACUGGGUAACUCACGACCCUAGAGAUAUAAAGAUAUCGUUGUUCACAGCUUUCCUCCUGACCGUUGUAAUGGGAGUGAGGUUUAAGAGGACCAAGAAGCUAAUGCCAGCUGGAAUCAUAGCAGGCCUAAGCCUUCUGAUGAUCUUGAAGCUUGUUCUUCACCUGGUAUGAGAGACCAAAGCAGCAAGAAACAGCAUUUGUAUAAUUCCACACAAACAAGCAACAAUUCUUUUGUAUUUUUCAAUGUAUAUGUAGGAAGAUCAAGCACUUUGUGGGGGGUGGUGGUUAAUGACUACUGCACAAAAGGCAGUGUUACUUUUUGUGGAUUUGGGGCUACAUUCUUUAAGUUGCAUUAGUGUUUUCUCUAAGUCGCAUUUUCUUAGGCUGUGGUCCUGUACCUCUGGGAGCUAUUGACCACAAUGGCAUUUAUUUCUGAUUAGAAAUGUAUACGAUUGUUUGUAUUGACUUGUCCUUUAAUGACGAUCCUAGUUAAAAAAUUUUUUUGGAGCAAUGAUCCCUUACUCUUAACAGUAAGAAGUACACCAUCACAAAAUAAUGGGAAUCACAAGACCAUUGAAACUCCGACUCCUUCUUAGUGUCAUAUGCUUUGAAAUUCAUCUGCAGCCCUGAAUGACAAUUUUGCAGACAUGGAGAUUUACAAAACACGAUAUAGAGCAUUGCAAACAUGCAUCCAUAACAAUGUUCAUGAUACAGGUCUUAUGUUGCACCAUAGCUGCCAAGUUUUCGCUUUUCUCGCGAGGAAGCCUAUUCAGCAUAAGGGAAAAUCCCUGUAAAAAAGGGAUAACUUGGCAGCUAUGUGUUGCACUGAAGCUCCCUGAUUAAUAGAGGUAUCUGAUGCAAAUAGAACUAAAAACAUUUUUUAUUGCUGAAACACAGGAAAGCUUAGUUUCCGUCCAGAAAUCCAGAAGAUGAAAACUGCCAAAACUGAAAUAAAGAAGUUUAAUAUAUUGAAGGCAUGUUCUCUUGUGUUCCUGCUGACAUUAAAAAGCUUCUUGAAUUCUUAGGAUGAUGAGGUACAUAUAACCAGAAGAGAGCUUUUGUGAUGUUACUACUAGUUAAAGGUAAAAAGGUUAAGUCCAGUCAAAGGCGACUAUGGGGUUUGACGCUCAUCUCGCUUUCAGGACGAGGGUUUUUCACAGACAGCUUUCUGGGUCAUGUGGCCAGCAUGUGCAGACUUGUGCAGAGCAGGCCUCUGAAACCAAAUGCAACCGUUUUGUAGCAUCCAAACACAAAAUGGCAGAGCACAUUAAUUUCUUCACUCUACUUGGUCAGAAGCCCAUUGUCUUCAAUGGGACUUGCUCCUGAUAAGUAUAGGAAGGCUGCCUGAGGAGGCUCAGUCAUGGAAA